CUAUGCAUUUUCUUCCUUCACUAGCUUUUGUGGUCAUCUGUUCUGGUCCUGCAAUAACGCUCUUCGUAUAACUUCAGCUAAGUCAGAGCGCUGUGGCGCCGGAGGCGGAAGUGGAGGUGAUGAAUUGUGAUUCUUGCGUGGACUAGUCGCAGCGUAGCGAUAGUCAUAACUGUUCUCCUCAGCCCUCCCUCAACCGGAAGUAAGCCAGCGCGGCUAGCCGGUCAACAUGGCGGCGGGCUCCGCGUCGUCCCUGGGCGGAGGCUCCUGGCCAGGCUCUGAGGCUGGGGACUUCUUGGCCCGCUACCGGCAGGUGUCCAACAAGCUCAAGAAGCGCUUCUUGCGGAAGCCGAACGUGGCGGAGGCCGGGGAGCAGUUCGCACAGCUGGCCCGGGAGCUGCGAGCUCAAGAGUGCCUGCCUUAUGCCGCCUGGUGCCAGCUGGCUGUGGCACGCUGCCAGCAGGCGCUCUUCCAUGGGCCCGGGGAAGCGCUGGCCCUUACAGAGGCGGCCCGACUUUUCCUGAGGCAGGAGUGCGAUGCGCGCCAACGCCUGGGCUGUCCUGCGGCUUAUGGGGAGCCUUUGCAGGCGGCCGCCAGCGCCCUUGGCGCCGCCGUGCGCCUGCACCUUGAGCUGGGCCAGCCCGCCGCUGCUGCCGCACUGUGCCUAGAACUGGCUGCCGCCCUUCGCGCUGUGGGCCAGCCAGCCGCUGCUGCAGGUCACUUUCAACGUGCUGCCCAGCUGCACCUGCCCCUGAUGCCACUGGCCGCGCUGCAGGCACUUGGUGAUGCUGCCUCCUGCCAGUUGCUGGCGCGCGACUACACUGGCGCCCUGGCGGUUUUUACACGCAUGCAACGCCUGGCACGGGAGCAUGGGGGCCACCCGGUACAGCAACCCGAGCUGCCGCAGCAGCUGCCUUCUGUGCCUCAGCCAUCUCUGCCGGGACCCCAGCCGAGACCUGUCUUGGGCUCUACCUUGCCCCUGCCGCUGCCCCCGGACCACGCCCCAGGCUCUGUUGCGCAGUCACCUGGUACACUCGGUGCCUUCGCUGACGUUCUUGUCAGGUGUGAGGUGUCCCGUGUAUUGUUGCUGCUGCUCCUGCAACCACCGCCUGCCAAGCUGCUGCCUGAGCACGCCCAGACCCUGGAGAAGUACUCUUGGGAGGCUUUCGAUGGCCAUGGCCAGGAUAGCAGCGGCCAGCUUCCAGAGGAGCUGUUUUUGUUAUUGCAGUCCCUGGUCAUGGCUGCCCACGAAAAGGAUACUGAAGGCAUCAAGAAGCUGCAGGUGGAGAUGUGGCCACUGCUAACUGCUGAGCAGAACCACCUCCUCCACCUCGUUCUGCAGGAAACCAUCUCUCCCUCGGGACAGGGGGUCUGAUAAGUCACCUUCCUAACAACUUGCUUAAUCUUUGGGGACAGGUGAUGAAACACGUGGUCUAGCUUCUGGUUUUUGCUUCUUUGUUUUGUUUCAUUUCUAUUGUCACUGUGGUAAUUUAGCUUUGUGUGCCUACCUGGUUACUUAAAUUAGUGCCCUCCAAUUCCAUCCAUAUUGCCUCAAAUGGGGUAACUUCGUCCUUAAGGCUGAAGGAAAUUCCACUGUGUAAUCUGCUUUCUUUACGCAUUGGUCUGUAGUUGGAUAAUGUUGAUUAAUUUUCCUGGCUGUUCUAGGUACAGCUUCAAUAAACAUGGAAGGACAGAGGUUCCCUUGGCA